AUGUUUUCUUCCGCGUCUCACGAAGGCGGGCCCGCCAAAGGCACGCGAAGCAGUCGCCGACGACAGCGCACCUCCGAUCCCUCUGCCCAGCAACCGAAGGCGAAGCGCCAAAGGGUCCCCUUGGCCGAGACCGCCUCCGUAAAUCCGGAUGCACAACCCGACUUGUACGAGGUGAAGCCCGAUAAAAUCGGCGCCCACGCGACUAAGCGCGACGGCAUCGAGAACGCUGGCGCGCAACGAAGGGAACUCAGCGUGCGAUCAAAGAAGCCCAAACCAGGGGAGAGGGCUGCCAAGGGCGACGGGAGCAUUGUUUUGACAACGAAUAAUGCGUUUACCGUGAGCAAGUUACCGGCACUACCAGACAGACUCCGCACAGACGCGCAAAGUAAGACCGACUCCCUUGUACUAUCCAAGGGCGGAAUGUUUCGCGGACAAGCAUUGCUGAACUCUUCCAAAGAUCGCCAGCACGGUGCCGUUUAUUCAUCGACCGGCUACGCCCUGAGCCUCACCCAUAACCACGUCUUCGUAUGGCCCUACACCUCGACGACAUCUUCCCCCGAAACCUUCACAUUCACCAUCCCGUACCCUUCGAAGCAUGCCUCCGAUCCUCUCCCGCUUGCGUCCUUGGUCACCGCCUCGGCCUCCUCAGAUGAGCCUGGGUUGGUCGUCAUCAUCCCGACGAGCGGCAAGGUCGCGUAUUGGGAGUCCAUCUCGAGCGCAGCCACUGCCGACUUCAUUCGGCAACAACGGACCGGCGUCGAAGACUCAAUAUCCGGCAUGUAUUCGGGCGAGCACGUUACUCAAAUCGUCGAUGCUGGGUCUGCGGGGUUCAUUUUGGUCUUCAGCACUGGACGGAUGGCGUACAUGAGUGUGAGGGAUGCACACGGACGCCCCGGGAUCACCGCCCAGUUCCUUCGGAGCGGUCUAGGCGGCAAUGCUUUGGGCUUUUUCGGAACCAUCCGCCACGCCCUCAGCUCAGCUGCUUUCCGCGGCGAAAUUGCUGCCGCGCGGACCAGCCACGGGUCCAAGGUUGGAGAGCGGAUAGUUGUUGCCGCCACCUCUAAAGGACGGUUGCACUCGUGGAAGAUACACCGUGGCGGUCAUCACGAACUCGUUUCUGAUUCCGACAUCCGGGAACGAUUGGUGGAAGCCAUCUAUGAAGCCGAUCCAGCCGUGAGCAACUUCUCACCAGACUCUUUUGAGGUGCUCGACUUCACGCUUGUGCCCCGGGGCCUGGCGCAAAAGUAUAUUAAUGCUAGUUGCCUGAGCGAGGCGUUGGCCCACGAAGAGGAGUCGUUGCAACAUGCUUUGCUUCUUGCUUCUUUUUCAAAACAGCACCGAUCUCGAUACUCGCUAGUCGAGGUGGUUAUAAGCCCUGAGGGCCCUCGGAUCGGAAUGGUCCGUCCGGUAACCUCGUACAACAGCCCCGUGAGGUUCGGAGCCGCGGAGAAGCCUCGGAUCUACCUCCCGCGGCCUGCCCUCGUUGCUUUCCUCGUAUUCGAUAGGGCCGUGGUCGUCUCCUCCAUGGUUGCCCCCCCCGACUCCCCGGAUGCACAGCUACAGGAAGAUAGUCACAUGCUACCACAUACCUUCGAAGAUGUGGUAGACUUUCGGGACGAAGAGACCCUUCAGGUUGUCGGGUCUGGCAUCGAAGAGCCCACCGGGGGCGGGCACGCACAAGACGACGCGAGACCUCACCGUCACAGGACAAAAAACCCCACCGUCGUGCUCCUACUUCAAGGAGUCGGCGCGGUCAGGAUUGCAGUCUCCGACAUCGACCGGUUUGCCAGCGAAACUCCGCCGGAGGUCACUGCGAAGAGCAAGCUAGAACAGGCUGUGUUCUUUGGGGUCAAGGAUGACAAUCCAUUGGUGUUUCAGGGCAGGCGAGAGCUGCCCUUCUCAAGCGAGGAGAUCGGAAACGCGGCGAUUGAGCUGAGCCAUGAGAUUGUGAGCUCGAAGACACCCUUCAUCGCGAAUCUACCGGCCUCGCUCGAGAACAACAUGAAGAGCAGGGUUGUCUACCUGGACGGCUUGGUUGCCUAUCUCAAUUCACUUGAUGUUGACUUGGGCAUGCGCACCCGGUGGAUGCUUCUCUACAAUGCUGAAAAGAUGGCUGUCGCGACAUGGAUAUGGCAAAAGCAUGAACAGUUUCUCGCCGAGAGACCCAAGGGCGACAAGAAGACGCUCAUCUCCGAAACGGCAGUUUACAUCAACGAACACCAAAAGACGGAGCUCAACCCGGCCGUGGGCCAGGUGGACCCUGUUCGUCACUGGUUCAUCAACGACGUGUGGAGGUUGGAUAUUUUUGUUGCCUGGGCCUACCAAAUCAUCAAGUACCACUUCACGGAGCGGUUGGCCGACGAGGCCGGCAUUAAUCGGCUGGUUUGGGAGGCCGUCACGAUCAAUAAUGGGGCAUUGUUUGAGGCACGUCAGUUUCGGCUCAACAGGGCAAGGCAAUACGGCGUCAACCCGAGAGAUAUCGCCGGCGGCAACGCAAUCCCGGAGCCCUGGACCGCGACUUUCUUUAUCACCAACAACCUCAAGCGACUGGUCGAGUUCUGCUACCAAUGGCUUGAGCGGUGCUCGGACCCAUCUCCCGAUAACACCCCGGUUGACUCUCGCCUUCUUGAAUCCACCCGGCAUCUUUUACCCUCGUUAACGAGCCAGUACCUAACAUCUCUCGCCGAAUUCUCGAGCUGGGCCGCGUUGAGCGACGACGCCCAAGCUCAGGAGCGCGGCAAGGCGUACCAGCAAAUCUACCAAGACGAUGUUUAUACUAAGAUUCUGAGGCUCAAGGAUUUCAAUUUGUGGGAGGAGGCUAUCGAGCUCGCUAAGGAGUACAAAGCAUUCGACUCGCUUGCCGAAGUCGUGGUGCAACAAAUCUUAUCGUUGACACAAAGUGCGAUGGAAGGAAACACGACGGACAGCGCGGCACAAGAAAAGCUCGCUCUCGCUAAGCUCAAGCAGCAGAAAAUGGGCCGCUUAUUUGACGACUACGAGGAGGGUUUUGCCUUCCGUGCUUAUGAAGUUCUCCUCGAGAAUAGCGGCGUGGAGGCUGUUCUGGACUUCCCUUACGACAGGAACGGUUACGCGACCAAGUUUCUCCGGACCAAGCCUGAGCUAGCCAAGAUAUCGUGGAUCAACGACGUUGAGAGGGAGAAGGACAUUGAUCAUGCCGCCGAAACGCUGCUGGACCUGGGCCUCACCCGCGAGCAGCAAGUCUGGAAUAAAAAGAUUGAGCUCAGCUUGGGCAAACUGGCUCUACUCGCUGAGGAAGCUGAGCCCGUCAAUGACGGCGUCAGUAGCGCCCCCUCUGAUAACGAGGGGCGGAACGGUGUCAACCUCGAGAAGAUCGACCACGCGCUCGAGCUCAUCAAGAUCCAGGACGCCUUAUAUAGUCAGAUCCUGCCCACUAUUCAGGAGGGUGUUGACGAGUCGGCGGAAGUGGAACUCGCCGUCAAGGAGCACGGGGUCCUGAUCCCGAAGAGGCAAAAGGCACUUCAUCAGGUUUUUGAUGAUUCCAUGUCACGCUUGCUCAGACACGAAGCACUGCAACCGCACACCUUGAUUGACCUACUCACUCUGGCGUCGCUUCCUUCCAACCACUACGACACCAUCGGCGACCAAUUCUAUCUUGCGCUCAAGGUCGCCCAGUACGGUCUCAAGGGCGAGGAACGUCUUGACGCUGAGCGGCUUAUUUGGAGACGGUGCUUCAUACGUGACGAUUGGCAGCAAGUCAAUCAGACCAACGAGAAGGGUGACCUUGACCAACUCGCCACCGUGGGCGAGACGGCUGCCUACCACACGUUAUUUGCAGUUGUAGACGAGCAACACUCUCAUUCCAAGUUCCACCCCUUCGUCAAGCCCUCGGACGCGCUCGGCGUCUUCACCGAGUCGCUCGACCGCCGCUUCGAGAGCAUGGACGACGGCUUCCGCGGCAAGCUGCUGGACGCCAUGCGCUGGGACGACAAGCAGCUGCGCACGGCCAUCGACAAGGCCCAGCUCGAUGCCUGGUACAGGACCACGCGGGAAUGUGCCGAAAAAACGGUGGCCGUGACCUAUGACCGGCUCACGGCUGCGAAGAAGGCUGCGGCCGCGCAAGAGCAGGCCGCGCGGGCUCAGGCUCGGGCUCAGGCACAGGCACGGACUCAGGCGCAAGCACAAGCACAGGCGCGGGCGCAGCCGAAUGGGAAUGCGAAAUCGAAAUUGGUUAUCAAGGAGAGGGAGAGGACGAUGCCUGGGGGUUUGUUUGGACUUUGA